UUUUUUUGGCUCAGUUGUUUGGUCUUGGUGUGCCACUCCUCUCCUUUUCAGCCUCCUCGGCAAAUCCAUCCAUUCAACCUCUCUCUCUCUCUCAUGGACUCUUCUUCUGUACCUAUGGCAGUCAGAGCAGCUUCUUCUUCCUUUUCCUCUUCCUCUUCCACCCUUUUCUCCAUAUCUCAACAGUUAAACCCCAGCUCCAAACCGGGUCUCUUUAAGCUCCAGACACACAAACCCCCGUUCGUCAAAACUCUUAAAUGCAUCCAAUCACCUUCUUCCCACCACCCGGACCCGUUAAACUCGGCUACCCGGAGAAAUGGAUCGCGGUUCUCCUGCUCCGCCGUUACCUUUUCACCCUUACAGACAACUGAGCUCGUCCCGUCUAAGCAUCAGCGGUUGGUCGCUGAGUUCCAGUCAUUACCGGAACCAAUCGAGCGGGUCAAGCGAUUGUUGCAAUACGCGGCUCUUCUUCCAACGUUUGAUGACUCGUCCCGGCUUGACACGAACCGAGUCAUGGGUUGCACCGCUCAGGUAUGGCUGGAAGCGAGUUUGGACAAGGAGGGGAGGAUGAGAUUCGCGGCUGACAGUGAUUCAGAGAUCACGAGAGGGUUCUGCUACUGCUUGGUUUCGAUUCUCGAUGGGGCGGCGCCAGAGGAGGUUUUGGCGAUGAAGACGGACGAUUUGGAGGCUCUGAACGUGGGGUUGCCUGGUGUGCAGCGGUCCAGAGUGAAUACUUGGCAUAAUGUUUUGAUAAGUAUGCAGAAGAAAACCAGAGCUUUUAUGGCGGAGAGAGAAGGGAAGCUGCCGUUUGAGCCUUUUCCUUCACUGAUCGUCACCGCAGAUGGGAUUAAUGCCAAGGGGAGCUAUGCUGAAGCUCAGGCGACAUAUUUGUUCCCUGAUGAGUUUAAGGUUCAACAACUGGUUAAUGUUUUGACAGAGAAGAAAAUUGGGGUGGUUGCACAUUUCUACAUGGACCCUGAAGUCCAAGGUGUCCUAACAGCUGCACAAAAGCAGUGGCCUCACAUCCAUAUAUCUGAUUCAUUAGUCAUGGCGGAUUCCGCUGUGAAGAUGGCCCAAUCAGGAUGCAAAUUCAUCACAGUUUUGGGUGUAGAUUUCAUGUCUGAAAAUGUGCGUGCAAUUCUUGACCAGGCUGGUUUUGCCGAGGUUGGUGUGUACAGGAUGUCAAAUGAACGUAUUAGCUGUUCUUUGGCAGAUGCUGCUUCUGGUCCUUCCUAUAUGAGUUAUCUUGAAUCAGCUUCUAAGGCUUCUCCUUCUUUGCAUGUUGUCUACAUAAACACUUCACUUGAGACAAAGGCCUUUGCCCAUGAGCUUGUGCCAACAAUAACCUGCACUUCUUCAAAUGUUGUCCAAACCAUUUUACAGGCUUUUAUGCAAGUGCCAGAUUUACAUGUAUGGUACGGGCCCGAUUCAUACAUGGGUGCAAACAUUGCGGAAUUGUUCCUGCAGAUGACCAAGAUGACUGAUGAAGAAAUUGCUGAGAUACAUCCCCAACAUAAUAGGGAUUCGAUCAAGUCAUUGCUACCUCGCCUGCACUAUUACCAGGAUGGAACAUGCAUAGUACAUCACCUUUUUGGACAUGAAGUUGUGGAGAAGAUAAAUGAAAUGUACUCGGAUGCAUUCUUAACUGCUCAUUUUGAGGUUCCCGGGGAAAUGUUUUCUUUGACGAUGGAAGCAAAGAGAAGAGGAAUGGGGGUAGUUGGUUCUACUCAAAAUAUAUUGGAUUUCAUAAAACAAAGGGUUCAAGAGGCUUUAGAUAGAAAUGUCAGUGAUCAUCUCCAAUUUGUGUUGGGAACAGAAUCAGGAAUGGUGACCUCAAUUGUUGCUGCAGUUCGUGGCUUGUUAAAUUCAUCACAAAAUGGAGAUAAAGUAAAAGUUGAGAUUGUGUUUCCAGUUUCAUCUGACUCAAUGACAAGUACAUCUUCAAAUUCAUCCCCGGACGUCAAAUCCAUUAAGGUUGACGAUGUGAUACUACCUGUUAUACCUGGAGUUGCUAGCGGGGAGGGAUGCUCCAUUCAUGGUGGCUGUGCAUCCUGUCCAUACAUGAAGAUGAAUUCUCUCAGUUCCCUCUUCAAAGUUUGCAACCAUCUUCCUGAUGAAUCAAACAUCCUAGCCCCAUAUGUAGCCGAGCGAUUUAAAUGCCAAACUCCAAAUGGAAAAAAGAUAGCAGAUGUUGGGUGUGAACCAAUUUUGCAUAUGAGACAAUUCCAGGCCUCGAAAAAACUUCCAGAGAAGCUGGUUAAUCACAUCCUCCAAUCACAAAGCAAUGUGAGAUAAUUCUUAUUUGGUUGAGUGAAGGUAGCUCAAAAACUGAAACAGUUGCAUACAACUAUGAUAUCGUCAAAGCCCUCCUAUUGAAAACACAUUCUGAAUCUGGAAGAGGCUGUAAUCUCAGAAGAUUUUGGCUUCUCAACAGAAUUUUUUGCUUCAUUUUGUGAAACAGAAGUGCACUGACUAUAUGUACUUCAGUUUUUACGAAUUUAUAGGAACAAAAUGAAAUUGCAAUGUUUAAAUUCACACCACAUCCGAAUUAGAAACUAAACAAUUAAUACAAUGCUUCGGUUACUUAUAGUUAAGGAUGACAA